AUAUUUAAAUUUCUAAUGAGUUUAAAAUAUCCAGAUUUUUUAGACACAUUUUCCCAGAAAAUUGGUAAAACCGAUCUGGCACUGGCAACACUGGUUCUACUCAACGCUAUCAAACGGACAGGACCUCUUCUCGACAAGCUCCUCACCACAGCAACGCCCGAGCACUGCAUUGUACAUACAAUACAUGUAAAGACUACCAAAAUGUCUUCGACAAGUCAGAAGCAUCGUAACUUUGUGGCUGAGCCAAUGGAGGAGAAGGAGGUCACAGAACUGGCAGGAAUUGGUCCAGUACUAGGACAAAGACUCUCCAGUAAAGGCUUUGACAAGGCAUAUGUGGUUCUUGGCCAGUUUCUGGUCUUAAAGAAGAAUAAAGAACUCUUCAUCGAUUGGCUGAAGGAUACUGCUGGAGCCAAUGUCAAACAAGCUGGGGACUGUCAUCAAUGCCUUUCUGAUUGGUGUGAAGAGUUUUUGUAAAUGCUUCCCUUGGAUUAAUUUACUUCCAAGGCAUUCAAAGGGCUUUAUGGGGGGAUCAAAUACAGUUUUAAAAAAACAUUAAGCACGACAUAAUUUUAUUCCUUAAAACAGACUCGAGAUGUUUAUAAUUUAUUAUACUAAACAUGAAUUUUCUCUGUAAAAUCAGGGACUCUUUUUUUUUUUUUUAUGUACAUUACUCUUCAGCGAUAGAAAUAAAAAUGAUAGUCUAUUUUUACAUAAACUUUGUGUUGUGCAUAAGAAAGGAAAAGCUAAUAUAUAUUACAAUUAAAUUUAUUGACAAGCAUUCGUGCAUUGAUAGUGAAUUCAUAUGAUUUACACUGAUUUUGGAUAAUUCUUCUCAUUAUAGACAUUUUUACUUGACUGUACAGGUCAUAUUUAGAGGGAAUGUCAGUAAUCUCGUCAUGUUUAUUUAGUGAACCUUUAUGGUCUGUACCUAAUCUUCGCCUGUGUUUGUAUUUUUUUUUAUUGUUUUCAUGUUUGAAAAUUUUGAUAUUAAAAUGUAUCAAAAAUAAAAUGUCUUAAUUAAACAACAUUUUUUUUAUGAUAUACGAUAUGCAUUAGCAUGAGUAGGAGACCAGGUGGCCUUGUUCACACAUAGAAUUACUAUACUAUGGGAAAAGUUUGUUUAAGUAUUUUAAUUUCCCUUAAAGGGUUACAGUACACUACUGUACUGUAUUAUCAACACCAAUGUCAUGUGUAAGUCCAUCUGUGUAUGAUAUUAACCCAACUUUUGUCAAUGUAACUUGCUUUUCAAUUAACUGUGGUUGUAUUUGAAACAGGUUGGGUAUCAUCCUUACCCUACUAUGAUGUACAGUUGCCAGCAAAGGUCCUCCCACAAACUUGCUACACAGGGCUGUGGGAGAACAUUUGCUGGCAACUGUACCUGUGUUCAAAGUUCACUGUUAGUCAUGAAAAAGACCGGUUAAAGGGUUCUCAGUGAUUUUUUAUUCCAUUGGGUUCUUUAAUCCCCCAAAAGGAUACAACAUCAGAUGCCACAUACUGUUAUGUGUCCAUCCAUCUGUGAGUAAGUUUUUCUCACAGGAUAUUGAUUUUAAGGUCUGCAACAGCACUCAAUACCUUCCGGGAAUAAUGCAUGUCUUGGAAUUUCUAAAAGAUCAAAAUGGGGUAAGCUGUAAAUCUCCAAAAUGUCCAUUUUCAUAAUUUUCUGAUUUUUUGGCAGGGUAUAUGCAAUCACUGGUCAGUUAUUUUGUAUGCUUAGCCACAUUUGUUUUAUUAUACAGUACAAUUCUAUUCAUUGUUGAGCUACACUUUCUCAGUCUUCACUUUCUUGUUAUUUUUCUUUGUUUCCUGAUCACAUGCAUAUAUUGUAUCUCAUUGCAACCAAAUGACCCCGUCUUUGUGUAAAAGAAGCCAAACCA